AUGUCAAUCACCGGCGACGUCGUCUCCGCCCCCAUCAAGGUCGACCGCAAGACCACAACCCCCUUCCUCCUAAAGCUCUUCUACCGCCAGGGCGGCUUCCACCGCCUCGACGACUUCCGCGCCCGCUCGCAACCAAACUCCUACGUCACCAUCUACACCUGGCGCGACUGCACGCUCAGCGAGCUCUCCAUGCUGCUCAGCUCCACGCUGCCCGCGCUGUGUCCGCCGCGCUCGCGCGUCGGCUUCCGCCUCAUCUACGCCGACACGCGGUACGGGUCUGCGCGCUACACCAGCAAGGACCUUGGCGCGGUUGUGCCGGGCGGCGACGCGGCGCUGGAUAAUGUUGGGCGGAAGACGCUGAGUGAGGUGGCGUUUGUGGUGGGCGAUUGGAUCGAUGUCGCGGUGUAUCCGGAGGGGCAUGGGGGGUGGGUGUGA